AUGAGCGGGACAGCGGCCCAGCAGCCCCCCGGCGCGGGGUCGGGGGAGGACCCCGGCGCGGCGGGGAAGGCUGCGGCCGGGGAACCGGUGCCGGAGCCUCCCCCGAUGCUGAGCGUCGACGUGUCGGGGCUGGUGUCGCAGUUCGCGCGGAGCUUCGCGCUGAUUUUCCCCGUGUACGUGCUGGGCUACCUGGGGCUGAGCUUCAGCUGGAUCCUCAUCGCCCUGCUCGGGCUCUUCUGGCUGCGCAGGCACCGCAUUGGCAAGAGCUCCCGCCUGGGCCGGGCCCUCGCCUUCCUGCAGGACGAGGAGCGGGUGGUGCGGCUCAGCGUCUCCUCGGCCGAGCUGCCUGCAUGGGUUCAUUUUCCAGAUACAGAAAGGGCAGAAUGGCUAAAUAAGACUGUAAAACACUUGUGGCCUUUUAUUUGCCAGUUUAUUGAGAAACUUUUCAGAGAAACGAUAGAACCAGCUGUGAGAGGAGCAAACAACCACCUUAGUACCUUCAGUUUCACAAAGAUUGAUAUAGGUCACCAGCCACUUCGGAUAAAUGGUGUAAAAGUGUACACUGAAAACGUAGAUAAAAGACAGAUCAUUUUGGAUCUUCAGAUCAGUUUUGUUGGCAAUUGUGAAAUUGAUUUGGAGAUCAAGAAAUUCUUCUGCAGAGCUGGUGUAAAAAGUAUACAGAUUCAUGGUACUAUGAGGGUUAUCCUGGAACCACUGAUUGGAGACAUGCCCUUAAUUGGAGCAAUAUCUAUUUUUUUCCUUAGGAAACCCCUUCUGGAAAUUAAUUGGACAGGACUGACCAAUCUUCUGGAUGUUCCAGGACUGAAUGGUUUAUCGGAUACCAUAAUGUUGGAUAUAAUAUCCAACUACUUGGUGCUUCCAAAUCGAAUCACAGUCCCUCUUGUGAGUGAAGUACAGAUUGCCCAAUUGCGGUUCCCUAUACCAAAGGGUGUUCUAAGGAUACACUUUAUUGAAGCUCAGGAUCUGGAAGGGAAAGAUACUUACCUAAAGGGAAUGGUCAAGGGAAAGUCAGAUCCUUAUGGAAUCAUUCGUGUUGGCAACCAAAUCUUCCAAAGCAAGGUCAUCAAAGAAAAUCUCAAUCCAAAGUGGAAUGAAGUGUUUGAGGCCUUAGUGUAUGAACAUCCUGGACAGGAGCUGGAGAUUGAGCUCUUUGAUGAAGAUCCAGACAAAGAUGACUUUCUGGGAAGUCUAAUGAUAGAUCUAACUGAAGUUGAGAAGGAACGCCUGCUAGAUGAGUGGUUCACUUUGGAUGAAGUCUCCAAAGGAAAAUUGCACUUAAAACUGGAAUGGCUCACAUUGAUGCCAACUGCUGAGAAUCUUGACAAGGUGCUGUCAAGCAUUAAAGCUGAUAAAGACCAAGCCAAUGAUGGGCUUUCUUCUGCAUUGCUUAUUCUCUAUUUGGAUUCAGCAAGAAAUCUACCAAAUAAUCCAUUAAACUUUAACCCUGAUGGCUUGAAGAAGGCUGCUGUUCAGAAAGCCCUAAAGUCAGGAAAGAAGAUAAACAGCAACCCCAACCCUCUUGUCUUAUUGUCAGUUGGACACAAGGCACAGGAAAGUAAGAUUCGAUACAAGACCAAUGAACCCGUAUGGGAGGAACACUUCACUUUCUUCAUUCACAAUCCCAAACGGCAGGACCUUGAAGUUGAGGUCAAGGAUGAACAACAUCAGUGUUCUUUGGGAAAUUUCAAGCUUCCUCUGAGCCAACUGCUGGCAAGUGAAGAUCUAACUAUGCAUCAGCGGUUCCAGCUUAGCAAUUCUGGUCCAAACAGCACCAUAAACAUGAAGAUGGCACUCAGGGUACUGUCUCUUGAAAAGCCAGAGAGGUCUCCAGAUCACCAACACUCAGCCCAAGUAAAGAGGCCCUCUGUUUCCAAAGACUCAAGAAAAGCUUCUUUUAAGCCUCAGGUCCCUGUUUCACCACCAGCUGAUUCACACAAACCUGUCCCAGCUUCCCCAGUGAUCGACAGUGAUAAAAAGACUGAUAUAGCUGAAAAAAAUCAUCCUCCUAAUGCCAGUCCCCAGUGGCCAACAGAUCUCAGCCGAAGCUCCUCCAGUCUCCUUGCCUCCAACGUCACCUAUUCUCCCAGCCACCUCUCAGUCAAAGAACCAACUCCAAGUAUAGCCUCAGACAUAUCGCUGCCCAUCGCCACACAGGAGCUACGUCAGAGACUGCGACAACUUGAAAAUGGAACAACUCUGGGACAGUCUCCAUUAGGCCAAAUUCAGUUGACAAUUCGUCAGAGCUCACAAAGAAACAAACUUAUUGUGGUGGUGCAUUCCUGCAGAAAUUUAAUCGCCUUUUCAGAGGAGGGAUCUGACCCGUAUGUCCGAAUGUAUUUAUUACCUGACAAGAGAAGAUCAGGUAGAAGAAAAACACAUGUAUCAAAGAAGACAUUAAACCCAGUGUUCGAUCAAACCUUUGAUUUCAGUGUUUCUCUACCUGACGUGCAGAGGAGGACGCUAGAUGUAGCAGUGAAGAACAGUGGUGGUUUCUUGUCCAAAGACAAAGGGCUGCUUGGCAAGUUAUUGAUACCUCUGGCAUCUGAAGAACUCACCAAAGGCUGGACCCAGUGGUAUGACUUAACAGAAGAUGGUACAAAGCCACAUGUAACCUAGGCGCCGUUAGACACCAGGAGUUCCCC